AACAUUUGCGACACGUUUUCCCGUAAGUUUCGUGCACGCGGAUAGCUGGAAAUAUAAUGCCGCAGCAAAUUUACACGACUGUGAAACGAAUAAAAUCCAUUUUUCUCUUUCACCCUUAGAUAUUAUCUCAACUGUGGUAACACAGUUUCUUUCGCCUGCGAUUGGGAAUGACAGCAACUGGGCGCUGUGUUGGCAGACCUCCGCUCAUGGCUGGGCUGCCAGUACCUUCCACAGCAGAUGUGAUGGGAAAAAACAUACGAUUACAGUCAUCAGAAAAGAGCCGUACGUGUUCGGAGGAUACACCGAUAUUCCUUGGUGUAAGUGACUUUUUCGCCGGGUGGGCGGGACAAUAAAAGGGACGGAGUCCGCAAAAUUAAUAUUAAACCCCUAAAUAAACCAAACUUGGCGGGCUUAGGCUCAAUUUGACUUAAGAUAAAACAAGUAACCAAUUCCAGAACCAAUCAAUUGGAGCUUUAAUGAUCUUGAAAUUGCCUUGUGCGAAAUAUAUCAAAAUUGAAUGCAGUAUUCGACAUAAAAAGGCGGCCAGUUAGUUGCAAAAAAAAAAAAAAGACUGACUAGAGCCGUACAGUACGUACGUGAAUACAAUCAUUUUAGCUACGAUCACAUUAAGGCCCUAACAACAGUUAACUAUAUAGUUUAAUGUCUAAGUCACGACAUUUGAGAUAAAUAUUAACCUCGUUGACUUGCGUAUUGACAUGGUUUGGUCAGUAGACAUCUGGAGGUUGUAUGUUUUGGUUUGUUGAAUUAAAGUCAGUUAAAUUCCCCCGGGACCUUCACUGGGAAAAACAUAGCCUCCCACGCAGAUGUUCUUAGGGGUUCGUCACGCGUUCCUGCCCCACGAACUGCUGACUUGAGCGAAAAAAUAACGUAGACCAAUCACAGCAGACUUCCAGAUCUGAGAAAUGCACUUUGGACGUUGAGAAAUUUCGUGCUUGACUUUAUAGCUCCAGAAAAGAUCAGAAAGGUCUCAUGAAAGGUGAGGACCUUACAGUUUUAAAACAAACUACUCAGUUAACUCAAAAGCGUUCGUACUAGUGGCUACCCUCAGAAUCUCGUUGAAAAAGGUUAAAAUUGCUGAACGGAAGUCGGCUAUUACUACGUGUGAAAAAAAUUCUGCCUUUUGUUCAGUCUUAUAAAGAAACCCCGCCGUUACGUCACCCAAAGAACGACUUUAUGAUCAAAUGACAUCUAAUCCAGCCUUUACGGAGAGAAAUAUACAAAAAGCCUACGCUUAUCUCCUAUAUUCUCGUCAGGAGCAAAAAUCUUUGGUCACGUAUCACACUCUACAGAGCUUGUACGUAUGUGUUUGGCUUGUCAACACUUUGACUUCAACAGCGCCGAUUGGAUCUCCGAUAAUCUGCAUGUGAUCUCCAGCUGAUGUUUGCGAACAAUGGGAAAGGAAUUUAUCUUUCAGUUCAGCAGACGUUCGUGGGGCAGGAACGCGUUACGAACCUCUAAGAACGUCUGCGUGGGAGGCUAGGAAAAACAUUAAACUUAAAGAGGUCUUUUAAUAGUGGGUGUCAUUUACGUACCUGUAAUACCUACAGGGGUUGCCGUCGCAAUAGCCUUUUCUUUUGAGUAUUCUAUUUAACCAUUACAUAGCGGAUGAAAGACUGAUAAGCCCAUAGCUAUAUCACCUGACUCUUGCUUAAAGAACUGUCUUCUGUCGACCGGGGAAUAACCAGCUAAGCUUGUAUUUCAAACAAUGGGCCUGAAACAGAAGCUCCUGUAGUAAAAAAAAAUUCCUUCGUUGUGGAUCUUAAACAGCCCUAAAAUUUGUGGGGGUGGGGAGAAAAGACCCUUCCGCGUUAAGGAUAUGAUGCGGACUCAUCCACCUGCCUCCUUUGGGGCGUGCUUCUCGGAAGUUAGUAAAGAUUUUAACCUUAUUCCACUCUUUGCAUUUUUUUUUGUUAUGAAUUUUUAAUGAGUCAUCGGUUAAUACUUAACAACGGCGCUUUAGAAACAAGAAGGAAUCUGGAUCCAAUUAACUUUUGCAAAGACUUCUGGGAAUGUUACUAUGGACAGUAACGAUCCCAGAAACAAUUGCGGUACGCAUUUCGUCUCCAGUUCCCUUUUUGUUUCUAAUGUGGCGAAAUUAAGUUUGCCAAAAAAGCCUUUCACCGCGGGUUUACAUCGUCUACGUAUGACCGUUCCGUUGGCGUGGCUUGUAAAUCCAGAGGAGAUAGUCCGUGGUAAUUAACAACACCUGGCUUUCGGAUCAUGUUUACCCGCACAGUCAACAAACAACAGGACGUCAAACGCACAGCUAAACCGCAGAUAGAAUGAUAUAGGAGGUGUUUUUUGUGGGGGCAUUUCCGGGGACGGGAUCCCUUUUCGUAAAAUCCGACUAGUGGUCUAUUAUAAAUGCUGCUUUCUGAUUGGUUGAGCUGCUACUAGGCUAUAUGUUAUAGCCCACUAGUAGCGAAAAGCGCGGGCUUUGAAAACCAAAAUAAUGGCGGCUGAAUCGCGUUUUGCUAGCUACAGUUGUUUUGUCUCGAUAUUUUUGACCAACUAGUUGGAUUUUACUAAAACAAUUAUUCCUCUCGCACUCAUGGCCUCUGAGUCAAUAGCCCAUUCGGCCGUUGGCCUUACGGGCUAUUGACUCGGAGCCCAUUAGGGCUCCAGGAAUAUUUGUUAAAUAUGACCUAUACGGGAAAGUGCCGCUGGACAGGGUAUGGUUUUCGUCCUGUCUGUCCUAUAUAGGGUGUAUAACUUGCCCGAGUCUGUCCUAAACAGGGUAUACAAUUUCGCACAAGUCUUUCCUAAACACUGUACAUGUUUUUUGUCCUAAACAGGCUAUGUAUUUUAAGUUCUUUUUUUGUCCUAUAAGCAGAGUCAGGGUUUCAAACCCUCAGCGGCUCACCUCUAGGCAAAUAUUGGUCGAUUACCCUCUUCCCUCCCGGGGAGGAAGUGUUAAAUGUCAGCUGGUUAAAACCGAAAUUAUAAUUUAAUUUUUCCUUUUUGUUUAUUAUUGUUUUCUAGCGUCUGGGAAUUUAUACGUUACCACUUCCAAGUCGUUUAUUUUCUCUCUGGUGGACAAGGAAAAACUUGCACCAUUUAAGUGCAUGGUAAAACAGAAAAGAUCAUCAUCUGCAAUUUUUAAUAUUAAUCGUUCUAACAUUACGUUGGGUCCAACAUUUGGUGCGGGGUAUGACAUACACAUCGCUGAUAAUGCCAAUCAGAAUGAAAAUUCCUACACUGAAUUUGGCUUCUCAUACUCUCUUCCAAAUGGAGUUACAAACCGUUUAACAAUCCUGGCUGGAACCUAUCACUUUUCACCUGAACAGGUUGAGGUAUUUUAUCUGACUUGAGUCCUGUUCAGUCCCCUUGAUUUCCAUGCGGCGCAACCGUUUGAAAUCAAAGACAUAUAACCUCCCAAAAAAUCUAGUUACGAGCUAUUGCAAAGCAGAGAGCAUCCGAAUGACUCAACAGUUUGAACACUAUAUAUAAGGUAGGGAUCGAUCGACCUUAAAAUCCGUGGAAAGCCGCUUAAAAACUGAACUCGCUUUCUUUCAAUGUUCACCAAUUUUGUCAAAUGUAGGUGAACUCCCCUGGACGAUAUGAAUUUCUAAAUACUAUACCCAAGUUAAGGAAAAGAAAGCAAACUUGUUCUUCGCUUGUUUACGUCCUCCAUCAAAAGGUGAAACUAGGCAUUUUUCACAUAGUAGUCAUGUAGUGAUGGGAAAGAAAUGUACAAAAGAGCGUGAUGCACGUGUGCACGUGUAAAAAUGGAGUUCUAGCUAAUGCUACGUUCAAACGGCACCGGACCAAUUUUUUUCACCGAAUUCGUACGUUCAGGUGUUCCGUUCUGUUCACACAAUCCAAUCAUCGUAACCGUACAAAAAUUUAGACGCUUAGCUGUUCAAAGCCUCCCUGUGUACACAGCGAAAAUAUCUAGACUGUUCACAGUCCUCUAUUUUUCCGUAUAAAGAUCGUCGAGAUCGAGCGCUUUGCGUUAAGGGCAGCCAUCUUGCAUGAGUGUCAAAACUACUUAGGGGACGAGGGGCGGUUUGGGAGGAAGGAAGAAAAUAUUUUUCUCGCUCCCUUCCCCCUACAGCUAUAAUCCCCGACGCCCACCCCCUUGGUACAUUUGAAAAACAAGAUGGCCGUCAUUAACGGUAGACGCGCCAUAUGUAAACGAUAUCACAAAAAAAAUAGGGGACUGUGAACACUCUAGAAAAUAUCCGGUUAAAUUUUACAGCCAGUUGAAAAUUGGUAAACCGGCCUGUAAUUACCUUUUGAUUUUUGACUUUUUGCCGCCAUCGCUGUCCUUGGAUCGUUACGUCGUUAAUCUGAACGCUAUGCAACGGUCUGCGACACGAUCGGACCUCUGUCUGUGUCUAACGUUUUCAGACGGUCCUUGACAUCAAAGGCAGAUAUUUGAACUGCUAGCGAUUGUAGACUUUCCAGGUUUAUUUGAAUCGUUUUGGUGCAAAAAUGGUGGCAAACACAGGCCUGUCGACGGCGCGACAUAGACCAGUCUCCAAUCCGUAAUCCAGAUCAUGUUUACCGUAUCAUUUACGCUUCGCCCACACGGUUUGGAUAUUUUUGAAAACGGAGACUUGUCCAUUUUACUUUUUUUUUUGCGUUUACACUUAGCGUAUUUGAAUCGUUUUCGCCCGUCUAGGUAAAAACGCUAACACGAUGGAAAUACAAUGAUCUGAUAACAUCCCUAUAGCGUGCCUUAUCGAGCAUGCGGAAUGCUAGUAGCACAGUGUUUAUGAUGUUUUAUAUGAUCGUAACAAUUUUUCGUCCGUCCACACGUAAACAAAAAGCCGGUGUUUUCCAAAAUCUCCACUCUGGACAAUAUACCCUGGAGGCCGUUUUUGAAACCUGCGGCUUUUUGGUGCCUUCAAAACCCGUUUUCUUGUGGACGAAAGGCCAAAACGGAGAAACGUACGUACACUGCACAUUUCAACUUGUGAGAUAGGGUCAAUCGGGAGCCAUUGCAACAUAAACUGAGUUAUUCACCUUAAUGAUCAAGCAUUUAAUCCUAUGAAAAGUUUUUUUCAUGAGCUUUAGAAAAGUAAGAGGUGAUUUGCCAAUACUGGUAUGAGUUUUAAUUAGGUAUUUCAUUUCUAGGAAAGCUUCAUCAUGCUUAAAGAGCGAGCUAUUACGCAUGCGUCACACGAAACUCCAACCUAAAAAUACCAUGACUUGUGGUGCUUAAUCUCGUACCCAGAUUUCACACCUGUCUUGGCCGCGGGAGAUCUGGCUACGAAAUGCAGUCAGAUAAUGUAACUGAGGGUCAUAUUUGGAGGUGUGAAAGUGUGACCUAAAGUUUAGUCAGGCUAGUCCCUAGGCGUUCCCUCUUGCCCUGUAGUCGUCGCAAGAUAAAGUCUAGGAAGGGUGAGCGCGUCCCUCCCCUCUCGGCUGCGUCACAACUCACGGCACAUUCCAGGUUUGAUUGAGCCAGGAACACCUUAAGGCUUAAAGGCUAUGUUCACAAUAUACCGGAUAGCGUUUGCGCUGGAAAGAAAACCAUACCGGAUAGGGCCUCUGUUCACGUUAAAAACAGUGAUUUUAGGGCGAUUUCUAUAACGGAGCUAAGCUGCGCUUUCCCGAUCUCUAAAGUGGAGAAUCGCAUAAUGCAUUUGUGUUCACAGUAUACCCAGCUUUUCAUAUGGGCACCAAAGAAACGCUAUCCGCUUUAGCGUGAAAAUAGCCUAUGCUAAAGUCCUGUGACACGGGCUCUAACCCUAAUAAUCAUUAAAAUCUUCAGUCGCGCAGCAGUAACUUCAGUUUUACCCAUCGGGAAAAAAUAAAGGAACUUACGCCUUUGCGAAAUGUUCUAGUGCCAGUAAUGAUCAAUAAACGCCUGUAACAAAUUUUAGUAAGUUCGACAAUGUUUUGCUAAUUAUUAGUCGUCGUUGUAUUUAACUGAGAUUUAUUAACUUGUUUGUUGCAUUGUAAGCUCAAGUACAAGACGUUGUUUUUAUAGCAGAGAGCAACUUUUCUUAGUCCCAAAAAAUAUAUAUAUGGAUCACAGAUCGAGUAAAGUCUUAUGAGGAAAUAAGUUAAGCAGGAUCAUCUAUCCGCGAAGAAAAAGCUUAAUAUUGUAUGUAAACAAUAAAAUGGAAAGUGGCUAAAUGUAAAAUUCAGUAUACCUAUCAAUAACUGAGAAACUAAAAUAGUAAGAGAGUGUAUUCGGCAUACCAAUCUUAUUUCAAAAGAUGAAAUUAUCAUCCGGAAAAAUUUCUAAAGAGGAAUCCCAGGACCAAUUUUAGAGAAAAAAUAACAAACAAAAAGAAAAACACAAAAACAAAGGAUGGCUUUGUACGUCGACUCUUCGCAACUUAUAAUUUCGAUGCUUUAUUCGCCAUAACCUUAAUCCCCUUUGAAUUUAUACAUGUGAGACUUUUUACUUUAUCAAAUAUAUACACGGGACGGAUUUAAUUUCAAUACAUGCGAUUUGUGUGGCGUUUACACUCCUCAAGGUACAUUUUAUUACCUGACUUGGAGAGAUCGAUAUCGGUUAAAUCAUGUGAAAGUUUUCACCUGUCGGGCCACGAAUGUUCCUUGUAUGACAUAAUUCAUAUGAAGUGAUUAAAAGCUCUUAGACUCAACACUUGCACAAGAUAUAUCGAGAAAGCCAUUCUAAUGCACCUCAACUUUCAGAACUGUAAAACGAGAGCAAAUAAAAAUCUCACGGUAUUUGGCUUGUCUACUCCCUGUUUGGCGUCUACCAUAACUUAAGCGUUUUUCAGGCGAGCGAUGGCUAGCGCGAAGCGAGCGAGGAGCGGCAGACAACCGCGCUCGAGAGAGAAAUUAACAGAAAAAAAAGUCCUCGCCUUCCCUAAUCGCGCGACUGCGUGUCUAGCUCUCCAACUUCGCUUUGUGUUUCUUACUUCCAAAAAAGGCGAAAAAUGACGGCCGUUCUGCAGCCUAAGUUAUAACAAGCCACUAACGAAUUUAAAUGAGUUGUAAGAUCGUUUUGCCUAUUAUAUUAUCAGUCUUCGUUCAGAUCUUAGCUGAGAUUUAUUAACUUGUUUGUUGUAAACAAAAGUACAAGGAGCUUUAAAUAGCGUGAACCUUUAUAACUGUCACAUUUAGUACAAAAAAUGUAUUACAGAGUUAUCAAGUCUAAUGAAAAAGUAGAGUCAAUAGGAUCAUCGAUCCAUGAACAGGUGAUUGUACUGUAAACUUCUCAGUAAAUGCUGAGUACAAAACCAGAGAAAUAAGAGAAAGAAAAACUAAAUAAGACAGCAAGAGAAUGUAUUCGGCAUUCAAACCUGAAUUAAGAAGCGAGUUGCAAUAUACCCUGAAAAUGGCCAGUGAAUAGUCGUACUAUUAAGGAAAGGAGCAAGACAAGAAGGGAUCAAUAUCGGUUUGUCAUCUAAAAUUUAGGUAAGAAUUCACUACUUGCUGGUAAUGAAGUCUCAUAUAUUCUCCAUAAUUAUCAAAAAGGUCCGUUGCCGAUUAUGUUUUUAAUUAUCACAAAGGUCCUUUGCCGAUUGUGUUCUUGUAUCGGGCACGGAA